GAGCAGAACGGCCUCUGGUGACAUUUUCUUGGGGCGGCGCGGACGACUGAAGGGACUUGGUAGUGGAGGCUGCAGACGCGGCGAGGUUCACUUUAGUCCCGGCAAGUGCUGUGGCCACGACUCUCUGCUUGCCACUGGGGUUUGUGCCGAGGAGGAGAAGGCGGCAGUGGCCGCAGCGUCCCGAGUCACCGCGGCCGGGAGAGUCCCGGCCGUGGGGUCGGUGCGUGCCCCGUCGGGGCUCGCGGAGCGGGUGAGGUGCGGAGCCUCUGCGGAGCACAGAAUUUGUAUGUGAUUCAACUUAAGGGAAAGAAACAUUGUUUUUGCUUCUGUGUGGGCAGCUUCUCAGCAGAACUGGGAUUGAUGUUCAGUCAGUCAGUUUUCACACUCAGCCUACAGGACCUUGUGAAAUGGGAUCUUGCUCUGUCACCCAGGCUGGAGUGCACUGGGAGUGCAGUAGCUCGCUGCAGCCUUGAACUGCUGGGCUCAAGCAGUCCUUCUGAGUACCUGGGACUAGAGGUUGCUUUCCUGUUGCUUCUUUGAUAUCGUUUCCUAGACCCUGCUCCAUGAUCUAACUCAAAAUUUUGAAAUGAAGAUGGAGGAGGCAGUAGGAAAAGUCGAAGAACUCAUUGAGUCCGAAGUCCCACCAAAAACAUCUGAACAAGAGACAGCCAAGGAGGAAGAUGGCUCUGUAGAGCUGGAAUCUCAAGUUCAGAAAGAUGGUGUUGCAGAUUCUACCGUUCUUUCUUCAAUGCCCUGCUUGUUGAUGGAACUGAGAAGGGACUCUUCUGAGUCUCAGUUAGCAUCCACGGAGAGUGACAAGCCGACAGCUGGCCGAGUUUAUGAGAGUGACUCCUCUAAUCACUGCUUGCUUUCCCCUUCCUCUAGUGGUCACCUGGCUGAUUCAGAUACGUUGUCUUCUGCAGAAGAGAAUGAACCCUCUCAGGCAGAAACAGCUGUAGAAGGAGACCCUGCAGGAGUGUCUGGUGCCAUAGUUGGGCGCAAAUCUAGGCGGUCCCGAUCUGAAAGUGAAACAUCAACUAUGGCUGCCAAGAAAAACCGGCAAUCUAGUGAUAAACAGAAUGGCCGUGUUGUCAAGGUCAAAGGUCAUCGGAGCCAAAAGCACAAGGAGAGGAUCAGACUACUGAGGCAGAAACGGGAGGCUGCUGCGAGGAAGAAAUACAACCUGCUGCAGGACAGUAGUACCAGUGAUAGUGACCUGACUUGUGACUCAAGCACAAGCUCAUCAGAUGAUGAUGAAGAGGUUUCAGGGAGCAGCAAGACAAUCACUGCCGAGAUACCAGAUGGACCUCCAGUUGUAGCUCAUUAUGAUAUGUCUGACACCAGCUCUGACCCAGAAGUGGUAAAUGUGGACAAUUUAUUGGCGGCUGCAGUAGUUCAAGAGCACAGUAAUUCUGUAGGCGGCCAGGACACAGGAGCUACCUGGAGGACCAGCGGGCUUCUAGAGGAGCUGGAUGCGGAGGCAGGUAACUUGGAUCCAGGAUUCCUAGCAAGUGACAAAACAUCUGCUGGCAAUGCACCACUUAAUGAAGAAAUUAAUAUCGCCUCUUCAGACAGCGAAGUAGAGAUUGUAGGAGUUCAGGAGCAUGCAAGGUGUGUUCAUCCUCGAGGAGGUGUGAUUCAGAGUGUUUCUUCAUGGAAGCACGGCCCAGGCACGCAGUAUGUUAGCACCCGGCAAACACAGUCAUGGACUGCGGUGACUCCCCAGCAAACGUGGGCUUCACCAGCAGAAGUUGUUGACCUUACCUUGGAUGAGGAUAGCAGACGUAAAUACCUACUGUAAUACAAUGUCACUGUAUUUCCUCUGCACUGUUCCCUUCUACUUCCUCUCCUAUUUGUGACAUGGAAGUUCAUUGUCAUAGCUUCAGCUUCAGAAGCUGUUUGUGGCGUUUGUAGAAUUGAAACUCAUGGAAAAUCCCACCUGACCACCCCUCUGCCCCCUUAAUUAAAAGAAGUCACUUAGGAACAUAACUUACCACAGAGAAAAGAAUUUCUUCUUUCCCUCAGUAGGAAUAUAAGAAUGAUGAAUUUCAUUAGACAAUUUUAUUUUACUUGGUAAUUUUUAGCCUUAGGAAACUCUGCUUUCCUUUUAGAAUCAUAUUUUAGUUACCAGGUAAAAUGGAUUUUCAGUUUUUGAAUUUUGUAUUUAUUUUCUGUAUAAUGAAAUUAAUACCUAGACUUGACCACUAUCUGCCCACUGCAUAGGCACUCCCAUCUUAGGGCAUUCACACACGUAUCAUUCAGGUCCUUAUUGGUACCUAGUAGGGCAUGUGCAUUUAAAAACCUGUCAAAAAUAGACAAAAGUAUGUAAAAUAUUUUUUCUUUUAGCUUAUGUCUUUUGCCUUCUUUUCCUUCUUCCUGGUUGACUUCCCACAACACAAAUAAUUGACAUGUCCUUUUGUGUUUGUAAAUACUACUAAGGUGACUUAGUUGGUCUCCUUGUUGCAAUAAUUCUUAGCUCUUUGGAAAAUAUCUCUUUUGGGACAGAGGCAUUUUGGAUAGAUACCUACCAUGAGGUUUUCCGGCAUCUGAAGAGAGUAUUGAGAGAUCAGCGGGGAAAUCUCUCUCCCUCAACUUUUGUUCUCAAAUAAUGGGAACACAGUAACCUUUUACCUAGGAAGAAUAGAGAAAGAUGUGUGGCUUCUGAGGCCUCAGGCACUUGCAGAUCUGAGAGAAAAGUGCCUUUUUUUCAUAGCUGGUCUCUCUAUAAAGGGUAUAUAUAACAACUAUAUUUAACACUUGAGCUGAAUUGGACCUGAUGCUGUAUUUGGGUAGUUUUCUUCUAUCCUUCUAAAAAAAUACUAUAAUAAAAGUAAACCAUAAGAAAUCUGAUAAUUAAGGAAUAGCAAAAUGUAGUAGGAGCUUCAGGGAAUUCAGGAAAUGCCAGCAUUAGAGUUUUGUGGCAUUAGUUACUACUUUUCUUAUAACAUGUUGUAGUUACUAGUGAAUUAUUUUAAAAGCAAUACCUAGAGUUAGAACACUAUGUAUUGUACACGGGGGAGUGAAGUAAUUUUGGCUUAGAAGGCCUCCCUUUUUGUUUGCUUUUUUUGUUUUUAUUUCCAUUGUUACUGUUGCUAUGGUCCUUGUCACCCUCUCCAAAUGCCUUAGUGGCUCUUAUGAGAAUACGAGAGCUACCAUUGGCAGUUUUCAUUUAGCAAACACGCAUUUACCAAGUGCCUGCUCUGCGUAAGGCGCUGGGAAGGGGGGCUGCUGAGAUGAAUGAGACACAGCCUGCAUGCGCAUGCAUCAGAGUCUGCCUGGCUCUGCCUGUCUGGCCUUUUUUUGAGGGAGUAAAAGACUAAUUUAUUCCUUUACCCUUCUUCCUGUUGUGGUAGUUCUCCUGUACACCCUUUCUUCUAUGGGAAUGUAUUUGAGCAUGUGUUCUUUGACCUUCUCUGAUAGCAUCUCAUUUGAUCUGGCCUCUGUUCUUCAACUUUUUAUUUUUCUUCCAAUCUAUUUUUAAUAGAUCAGGUUUUUAAGAUCAUGAAUUUCCAGUUUUAGCACCUUGUAUAGCGGUAUCUCACAUGGCCAGAAUUUUAGACAAAAACCAAAGACCCAGAGGCCAGAGCAAAAAUAGGAUCUUCUGGAAACUCACUACUGGUGUAUCCUUGGACCUUCACAUUUUACUUUAGGAUUAAUUUAUUGAAUUUUACUGUUACACAUCAUUUUUGACUUGAAUUAAAAUACUAGACAAAGCAGAAAUGUACAAUUUCUGGUCUGUGUUUUCCAGGAAAAUCAUUGGGAGAAGAAUAGAGUGGAUUCUAUGACUUGAAGUUUUUGCAGCUUAGUUUUUCCUCACGAUAUUAGGGCGCCUGAAAGAAUUUUAAAGAAUGUUUUAAAGAAUUUUAAAGAAUGUUUUAAAGAAUGUUUUUACAUUACAUAUUCUUGUGUUAAAUAGUAUAUUUUCCCCAAUUUCACAAAGCAGAUGAUUUCCCAUGACAUUUUUUCUUUAGGUCCUAACAGUCAUCCUCAAAAGAGAGGAAUCUUUUAGUGUGCUGUGUGCACUGUGGAUUGGGAAUAGAGAGUAGAGUUGUAACCAAGCCCUUUUUUGGCCCUUUACAUUAUAUCAUGUUAUACUUUCCCCUCACUUGUUCUUAUUGAUGUACCUGACUUGAUGUAGCAGAACAGAAAUUUGGAUAUUAAAUACAAAAAGGGGAGGGAGAAGAAUGGUAAAGGCAGUCGACUCUCUUUCCUACUAGGUUGGGGCUUUUCUACCUAAUAACUAACUAGAGAGAGACUGUUGCAACUCUUCUUUCACUGCUACAUCCAGAAGAAUGGGGAUGUGAUUGCAGGCAAAUUAUUAUUAUUAUUAUUAUUAUUUUUGAGACAGAGUCUCAAGCUGUUGCCCUGGGUAGAGUGCUGUGGCGUCAUAGCUCACAGCAACCUCAAACUCUUGGGCUUAAGCGAUUCUCUUGCCUCAGCCUCCCAAGUAACUGGGAUUACAGGCACCUGCCACAACACCUGGCUAUUUUUUGGUUGUAAUUGUCAUUGUUGUUUGGCGGGCCCAGGCUGGAUUCAAACCCGCCUGCUGCCGUGUAUGUGGCUGGCGCCUUAGCUGCUUGAGCUACAGGCACCAAGCCUCAGGCAAAAUAUUAAUCAUAAGAUUCUGUGAUAUACAACUCCUGUAACAUUUGAAAUUUCUCCUAAAAGGAUUUUUUUUAAAUGAAAGUUUUGCAUUUGGUGGCUUAAAUAGUAUUUUAUGCUUCACGGGACGUUGUUCGAAGUAAUGUCUCUGUUAAAAUGGUACAGGCAGGUCAUAGUUUGGUUUAUACUUCUGACUUAGUUAAGUUUAUCUCCCUAACAAUUAGAAAAAAAUCAGAGCAGUGACCUAGCUUUUGCAUCAGCAUGACUGCCCUGCAACUUACAAUUGCUGCUCUCUAGUUGUCUUUUUAUUUUGAUGGUAGGGGCCAGACUGAAUGGACUCCAUUAUUCUUUACAAUUGUGCAACCCAUAAACUGUUUUUAUUGUUAUUGAUUGUCAAUAUGAACCAUCUGAUUUGCUAAUCUAGUCAUUUGUUCAUCAUUACUUUUAGCAGAUUAAGCACCAUAGGUAACAAAAAUAAAUUUGUUGCCUGCUUUUUAUGCUGUCACAAUGUGUUUGAAAAAGCUGGGGAUACAAUUUUGUCUCUGUUUUAACCUUUUUUUUAAAGGCGAAGAGCCCUUAAUCCCUAUUGUCCAACAUGUGUACGAUGUGACUUCCAUGUAUAUAUAAAAAUGAUUGUGCCCUAACCAAACUUCCUCAGAUUGUGCACUGUUUAAAAUAAUCACGUAUUUUAGUCCAAUGCUGUUGUAUUUUUUCAUUUUAUUUAAAACACUACUUAUUCUUUUAACAAAUUUUAAAAGGUAGUGAUCUUAAAAAAAAUCACUGGAUAACUAGGAAAUAUAUUUGUUGUUGUUUUUUAAAGGUCAUUGAAGCCUUUUGCUCCUCAUACCGUGAAAAUGAAAUGUUAGCCAUUGUAUGGCUAGGAACAAUGCACUUGGCGGUUAACAGAUAUGCUGUUGCUGGAGUGUGAGUGUGGACUUGAUGCAGUGAUGACAAAUCAUUGCUUAGAAUUAAUGUUUUCAAAUGUGCAACUCUAGUUUUUAAAACAAAAUUUGGUUCUUUACACUCAUUAUUUAGUUUUUGUUUCCAUUUAGUAUUUAAUGGUCUUUGGGAAAAAAUAAUAAAACAGAGUGUUAUAUAUAUAUUUUUUGGUGCAAGAUAAGAUUUUGUUUUUUGAAAUAAGUCUGUAGCAUAAAGGUUAAACUAUUUUAAGACAAAAUAAAAUAGAGUGUAUUUAAACAA